AGUAAAGUUUGCAUGAGACUAAACAGCCCAGAUUUUCCGCUGCCUUCCAGACUUCCUCAAAAACAGCCCAGCAUAAAACCAAACGGUCCGGCAGCAUCUGUCCACUGCAAACACUGGGCUGCUUUCUGUUCUACAGAAGAAGUUAAAUUUCACAAGCCAAGGAGCGGUUGCUGAUUUGUACUAAGAAUGUGGUGGAUCGCCCUCAUCGCUGCCCUCUUGCCGCUCGCAAAGGCUACCAUCUACCCAGAUGAGAUGCUGGACUCGCAGUGGGAACUCUGGAAGAAGUCUCAUAGGAAGGAAUAUAACGGCAAGAUGGAAGAAAUCUCCCGAAGGCUCAUCUGGGAGAAGAACCUCAAAUUUAUCAACACCCACAACCUAGAAUUUUCCUUGGGAAGACGAACUUUCGAAGUGGCCAUGAACCACCUUGGCGAUAUGACAAGUGAAGAGAUAGCGCAAAAGAUGACGGGCCUCAAAGUCCCUCCGUCCCGUAAGCCCAGUAACGACACGCUGUAUAUCCCAGACUGGGAGAAGAGGGUCCCCGACACCAUGGAUUACCGGAAGAAAGGCUACGUCACUCCUGUGAAAAAUCAGGGUCAAUGUGGAUCCUGCUGGGCUUUUAGUUCUGUGGGGGCCCUGGAAGGCCAGCUCAAGAGGAAGACGGGCAAGUUGCUGAACCUCAGCCCCCAAAAUCUGGUCGACUGCGUCACCAAUAACGACGGCUGUGGGGGCGGCUACAUGACCAACGCCUUUGAGUACGUGAAAGACAACCAUGGCAUAGAUUCCGACGAUUCCUAUCCUUACAUCGGCCAGGACGAGAGCUGCAUGUACAACCCAACCGGCAAAGCUGCCAAGUGCCGGGGCUUCCGGGAGAUCCCUGAAGGGGACGAGAAGGCCCUGAAGAGGGCCCUGGCCCGCAUAGGCCCCAUCUCCGUGGGCAUCGAUGCCAGCUUGCAGUCCUUCCAGUUCUAUAGCCGAGGUGUGUAUUAUGAUGAGAGCUGCAACGCCAGCAACAUCAACCACGCGGUCCUGGCCGUGGGCUACGGUACUCAGAAAGGCACCAAACACUGGAUCGUCAAAAACAGCUGGGGAGAAGAGUGGGGCAACAAAGGUUACGUCCUGAUGGCCCGGAACAUGAACAACGCCUGCGGAAUUGCCAACUUGGCCAGCUUCCCUAAGAUGUGACCUGCCCCACGGACACAACACAUCUGGGCCCCCGUGUCUGGAAACAGCUGGAUUCCUGAGCUGGCUUCAUGGAGCUUCGGCGCAGUAAUGAUGGACUUUGGCAGGAGCGGUUUUGCUUCAUAGGCAGCAUCUAUUAAAAGGCUUUUUGUAGAAAAAAGAAAAAAGCGUUGCCUUUCUCCUUCCCCUCUUCCCCCCGAAUGAGCAAAGGCACAGAAAUUUAGUAGUAAUCAGACAGCAUCUCCACUUAAACGCCAGCCCUGUUUAAAAGACAACAUCCCCAAUACAUAAUCUAGAAAAAUGGUCUCUUCUGUCAAACCAGCUUCUUGGUUGAUUGUUUCCCAGCCAGAGGAUUUAGAUCAAUCCGAGCAUGCCCCGUAAGCGUUUUGCUGGAUCUUUUGAGCAGGACUGGAUGGUUCUCCGUCCCAUGCUUUGCACUGGUGAACCCGUUGGCCAUCUCUCCUUAGGCAAAUGACUAGAUGACUACGUGCGGGAUUGCGCAAUGCACACUGCUGAGGGUGGGUUGUGAAACUGCAACUGCUCUUUUUAUGCUACUAAUUUUAAACUGCUUAUUUUUGUGUUUUUAAAUUGAUGUGACCUGCUCUAAGCCUGCUUGCGAGAAGG